CCUAAACAGUGGGAUUAAACCUAGACUUCUUAUUGGGCCUCAUCUUACUUGUUUGACCUUAGUCUCCUUAACUACCCACUCGAAACCCUUAAGUUGUGUGUUGGGCUUACAGGUUGAAGGGAAUAAACCUCAACAAGCAUCAAACAUGGAACUAUCCCAAUGGAUGGUUGCUUUACGGCCUGGAGUAGAGCCUGGAAGGAGACUAGAGAGGGAGAGUGUCGGCUCGUCGCUCGUCUCGCUCGGUUGCUCGUCAAUCUCAGUGGAAUGUAGUCUAUAUAGAGCAUUAACGUUGUCCUAUAGAAUCUCUGCAACACCAAAGAUGGAGGAAACGCAAUGAACUUCUCGGAGAAGAUGACAGGUUCUCGUUGGAGUGAUCUUUUCCGGUGGGAUUACUGCUGAAAACAUUUUAAAAAUGAGCAUAACAGAG